UCGAAAACAGAGCACUCGGCUGGCAGGCCCUUCUGCAUCAGUCGGGCACCCACACGAGCCUCCAGGAAGGUCGCUGACAGUAGCGAUGCUCAAGUGGAACGAGUUCCGUGACAAGAGACGUCUGCAGGAACAGCGGCGCUCCGCUUGCCUCGAAAGCCGUGCUCCUCGUACAACUCCCCUGCGUGUGCGUUCCUCGGAGGCUGGGAAAGGAGGGAGCACCGCUUCAGUAACAGAGAAAGGCUGUUCAACUCUCACGGGGCCCAGGGAGGCCGUGGUUUCGCUGAAGGGUCUGAGCCAAGUAGACGCUGCGGGCAGGGAGCUCAGUCCUUGCCCGAAGGAGUCUGCGGCUGCUGUUCCCCGCAGAGGCUCCCGGACCCGCAGCGUCCCGAAGCCGGCGGGGAUCAGCUGGAGCCGCACGGGGCCUGCCAGCCCGCGCCUCGUGGGGCCGCGCUGCGCCGGCUCGAGGGCAGGGAGUAAAGGACGAAGGAAGCCUGAAGGCAGGAUCGCGCUGUCGGUCGACAUCAGUCCAUCCGUGUCGCUCGCUCAAGUCCCCCGGCCACGGCAGUGUCUCGUGAACCGGGAGCCUCGGUAUAAGGGGAGCCCGGGGGGCAGGGACAGCCCCCGCUCUGAAGCCGCCGGACCAUCUUAUUUGCCGAGCUCACACGAGGAUGGUGUGGGAUGCUCCCCAGCACCGUCCCGGUCUGCAGAGAAGCGAAACAGCCGGCCCUUGAAGGCUCCUUCCACUCCCGGGUAA